AACCUGCUCCGCCUCAGAAGCAAAACCCCCUUGCUUUCCGGCGGUCGAAAACCCUAAGACACCAAUUUUAGUAGUUUAAUUCCAUCCCCGUUCCUGAUCAGAAUCUUACCCUACAGGUCUAGGAAUUAUAAUUAAGUAAAACAAACUUUUCUGGCGAUGGAGGAAAUUCGGUUUUUAGAGGCAUAGGGGUAUUCACUCUUCUCCAUGGAGUUGCAGCUGGGGCAGAAAGGAUUGGAUUUCUCUUGGAGGAGGAAGAAAUGGCUUCUGCUAUUCGCAGCGCUCGGGUUCUCUGGUUAUGGUGCUUAUAAGGUCUAUAAUUUGCCCUCCGUGGUGAAGAAGAGGAAGAGGUUUCUAAAGCUUCUUGGGGCCUUAAUUUCCGUGGCCGAAGCGGUAUCCGAUUCCGCGGAGACGAUCUCAGUCGUUUCCAAGGACUUGGUGGAAUUUCUUCAGUCCGAUUCGGAUCAAAUUCCCACCAGUCUGAAGCAGAUAUCCAAAAUCGCGAGGUCGGAGGAGUUCUCUGAGUCUCUGGUUCGGGUAACUCAAGCUUUAACACUCGGGAUUUUGCGAGGUUAUCGUUCCGAUACCAAUACCGAAGAUGAAGCAGGUAGCACUUCUGGCUUUACUGACCGACUCAUGGACAGGCUUUUCUCCACGGCUGGCUCUGGUUUUGCUUCUGUGGUUGUUGGUAGCUUUGCCAGGAGCUUGGUCAUUGCUUUUUACUCAGACGGCCAAUCUUCCGGAGGGUCGAACCCCAACAACCACCAGAUUAGUGCCUCCUGUCUUGGCCCUGAUUCGUCUUCUCCACCUAGAUGGGUAAAUGUGGUAUGUAACGACAAGUGUAGAGAGCUCAUCGCUGACUGCAUCCAGCUAUUCGUAAGCACCGCAGUUGCAGUUUUUCUUGAGAAGACAAUGGAUAUCAAUCCUUAUGAUGAAAUCUUUUCUGGGUUGACCAACCCGAAGCAUGAAAGAAAAGUGAGAGACAUAUUGGUUUCUCUCUGUAAUGGCGCUGUGGAAACUCUUGUGAAAACAUCUCACCAAGUGUUGACAAAUUCAAAUUCGAAUCCAAGUAAAAAUUCCUCUUCCUCAGCGGUUGAUCAAGGGGAAGGUACAAGGACUGCUAGAGAUGAGGUGAAUGAAGCAUUGUCAAUGGAACCGAAAGACACGAGCUCGUUAGAUGGAAUCAAGGAGAGUGGUUGGGUUGGAAAGGUGUCUUCUACAUUGGCUGUUCCAAGUAAUAGGAGGUUUGUUCUUGAUUUGACUGGGAGAGUGACAUUCGAAACAGUAAGAUCUUUUCUGGACUUUUUCAUAUGGAAACUAUUGGAUGGAUUGAAGAAGAGUUUCAGUAUCGUUCAUGAGGAGGUUGUUGAGAGGGGCAUGGAAGUUGUAAGAUAUAUUAGUGUGAAGUCUUCUGUUAUUAUUACUGUAUGCCUUGCUUUAUGCUUGCACGUUACAGGUGGUGUUAGGGUCUUGACGCCAGCUUAAACUGUGGUAGCCUACCACCCUUUCUGCCUCACUGAACAAUUUCAUGGCCAGAUUUCGAAGAAUAUGUGCUGCUUGGAAGGUUUAUGUCUCUCUUCAAUGGUUAGAAGGAAUUAGGAUUGAAACAUUCCAAAUGAUUAAGUAAUGAAUUCCUCUCUUUUAUACUGUAUUACAUAAGAACUUUCAUUGCAUAAACAUCUGCAUGUAUUCAAGUGUCCAUUGAAUGAAAAGUGAAAUUUGUUCA